AUGUUUGGCCGCAUCAACCCCAAUCCUGCCGGGAACAGCCGUCGUUCUCGCCACGGCCCCACCUCUGGCUUGACCGCAGACGGCCCGGCAUCCUCUGCCGCCGCCGCCAGACCUUUCUCGUCUUGCACGGCGUCUGUGAUCAACGACAUCUGGGCCAUGCGCAUGGCCUCGUCCCCGACGCCGGCGCUGGAAUGCGCCGUGGUGGGCGACGGAUUUGGGCUGGCCAUGGCGGCGCUGUACCUGGGCGUGAACCACGACGACUACUCCUUGUUCAAAGUCCCCGUCGGCGAAUACGCUUCGAUGUACGGGGACGUCGUCUUGCUCCAGCUGGCCAAGGCGGCAUUUGUGCUGGCGAUUGUGGUCGGGGCGAUGCGGCUGGUGUCCGGGGCGGUGACGCUGGUGCUGGCAUGCACGCGGAAGCGGGGGCCUCGGCACCACCCGUAUUAG